AUGCCAACUGCCACCAUUGAUUGUUCAUCUGCUCAAGAUAUACUAAACAACCCUUCAACCAAUGAUAAUGAUUUGAUAUUUACACCUUAUGGUCUAAUGUUAUUAGAAAUACAGGGAGAAUUAAAUCUACCUAAUGAGUUCCCACAAGGUCAACCUAAAACUGAUGAAGAUCAUGAAUAUUUAAAUAAUUUUAUUACGAUUAAUGAAAUUCAACAUGCUGUAAAAUUUGGGAAUUUAGUGUUUGAUGAAAAAGAUAACAGUAAAGUGACACUUUAUAUUGGUAAAUCUCAAAGAUUAUUAGGUAAUGUUGUUAAAUUAUCAACCCCAUUAGCGGUUUUGAGAAUACCGUUGAAAAACGAAGAUGAGAUGAUGGUGGAUAGCAAUAAUGACAACGUCAACAAAUUUAAGCAAGAAGAGGAAUUAAUAAAAUUGGUGGAUAUAGUUAAAGCAAAAGUGAUAUUCAAACAAAGACCAUUACCAAUUAUGUAA